AUGGGCGGGAUGAACGCGGACGCGCUGCUCUCGCGCAACGCGGAGAUCUUGAAGCUGCUCGACGCGGCGACGCGCGCUCGCGGCGACGGCGCGCCCACCGAGCGCGAGCUCGCCCUCGCCGCGGAGGCGGAGGCCAACAUCGCGGCACUCGCGUCCGCCGCUCCCCCGCGCGCCCUCAUGCCGGGCUGCUCCACCUCCUCGACCGCCCCGAGUGAGUCGUCCAACGGCGCGGCGCCGUUCAAGACGUUCGUGGAGGUGGCGCGCGCCGAGGGCCUCCUCCGCCUGCCCUGCGACGUGCCGCCGCGCGCGCACGUCGCGCCCGUCGCGAACGGCCAACUCCCCGGCGUUCCCGUCGUCCCGAUGGUCUCCGGCGUGGAGGACGUCGACGACGACGUUCCCGGAUACGUCCCGCGCGCCGCCGACGGCACCGCGUUCCGCAAGGACGAAACCACCGGUCGCCUGUACUACGACGGCCCCAACGGCGACGUCCCACGAGGCGACGCGCGCGUCACGUACUUCGCCCCCGCCGCGGGACCUCCCGCCGGGUUCCAGUGGCACCUCGUGCCCGGCGCCAACAGGCUUCGAAGCAGGGACGAGGUCAGGUUCUACACGCGCGCGGACGUGGUGAGCCAGGACCCGUUAGACGCCGGGGCGGUGUUUCGGUUCGACGUGCGCAGGCCCAAGCUGGGGCACGGCGUGUCGUUCAACAUCGGAGCCGGCGAAGACGGAAGCCCGCUGCUCUCGUACAGUAAACUGCGAGCGCUGUACGAGCUGCCGGACGGGAGCAAGUGGUGCGAGCACGUGGACUAUUACGACCUGGACGACGUGAGGCAGACGGCGAGGGCGGUGGGUCACAAGGUGUGGCGGCGGACGGUGCUCCUCCCGGACCACGACGAGGAACGCGAGCUGGUGCGGGUGCGAGGCAGGCGGCACACUCGGAUGAGCAAGUGCGAGUACGAGAGCUGGAUAUAUACCGCGGAGGAGUACAACAGGGAGGCGAGCAGCGGGGGACUGACGGGCAAGGAAGCGUUCUACUGGAGGGUGGGGUUCGACCCGGAGACGAUUCGGCAGGUGGAGGUCCGCGACUGA